ACACAUCACCUCACCACUCUCACCACUCUGGUUCUGCAACUGAGUACUUAUCUACUCGUCAAGUUCAAGUUCAAGUUCAAGUUCCAGUUCAAACAGACUGCCACUUCAGUCUCCGUGGAUGGCCUUUCUAUUCCUUUUAUUCCUUGUUCUCUCUCCCUUCUUACCUUUCACGGCGGGCCCCACCUCCGCUGCCUACCCCUCUGUUACCGACACGGCCAGUUGCUCUCUGUCGAACGAUGAUCUAAUUCCGAUUCGCCGAGAAGUAUACGAUAAUGGAAGAAUCUUCGACAUCAGCCACCGCUACACCAAAGACAUGCCGGCGUGGGAGUCCAAGGAGGGGUUGGGACAGUUCCUAUGGCUCCGUGCCAGCAUAAAGAACGGCUCACUCGCUAACAACUCCGAGAUGAAGCUCCCCACUCACACCGGCACGCACGUCGAUGCACCGGGUCACUUUUAUGACCACUACUUCGAUGCUGGCUUCGAUGUCGACACCCUCGACCUUGAAGUCCUCAAUGGUCCUGCUUUACUUGUUGAUGUUCCUAGAGACAAGAACAUAACAGCUGAGGUUAUGCAGUCUUUGAACAUUCCUAAGGGAGUACGACGUGUGCUUUUCAGGACAUUGAACACUGACAGGCGGCUUAUGUUCAAAAAAGAGUGUGACACCAGCUAUGUGGGAUUUAUGAAGGACGGGGCAAAAUGGUUGGUAGAGAACACUGACAUCAAACUUGUGGGGAUUGAUUAUUUAUCUGUUGCUGCUUAUGUUGAUUUGAUUCCGUCGCAUCUGGUUUUUCUGGAAAGCAGGGAAUUCAUCCUCGUGGAAGGCCUGAAACUUGAUGACAUCCCAGCAGGGAUAUAUUCGGUUCAUUGUUUGCCUCUAAGAUUGCUUGGCGCUGAAGGAUCACCAAUAAGAUGCAUUCUGAUUAAAUAAUAGAUAUAUUUUCCUUUUGAAGUUGCAUGGUCCUGCCCUCAUGCUAGCUGGUGAAUCUCCUGCGGAGACAACAAUAGCUGGUGAAGUUAGGUCACGCCUUCUUAAAGCUGGAUGGAUUUGCUAUGUAUAGACACUCAGAAAUAUGGAGUAUGCUCGCGUAUGUGCAGUCUGCUGUAAUUGCUUAAUGAACAUGACACGACACUGAUUUUACAUAUUUUGGUCCAAAUUAUCUUAAGCAGAUUAUUAGUAAUUUAUGCUUGUUCUUGUCUUUUUUGUCUUU